UUCUGUCAGACAACUUAUUUAAAUAAAAUAUCUUUUCAGGCUUCACAUACAUAAACGUUGGACAGAGAUUUUAGUGUGAAGCCUGAACGCUGCAUGCUUAAACAGAAACCACCGCGACACCACAUUCCUGUUUAGCUGAGCAGAUGUCAUGGUUUCUUUUUUUUUUUUUUUUUUUUUUUUUUUUGGGGUGGAGGGGGGUUGUGUUUCCAGUGAAGUGACACCCAGAAGCAGCAACAGACAGACAGACAGAGAGAUAGACUGUGACACCACACAGUAGUGACAUGUGAAGCUGAAUAGACAGAAUAAAACAGAUUUAACAGAGACAUUUGAGAAGAGACGUUUAAGAAGAAAUGGGGAAAGUUCUUCUCCUCGUUGUCGUUCUGGUUCUACUGACGGGCGCGACGCUUCAAGAUGAUGGCCACAGUAAGAAAGCAAGGCCCAGAACAUUUUUUGGGGACCUAGUCACUGUGGCUAAACCCGACCUCAAUGGGACCCAGGCUCCCUUUUCCAGUUCUCACCCUCCAGCCCUGGAGCUGCAGCACAACAGCACCGCGGCGUACCUCCAGGGCGCCCUGAGCACCCGGGUCAUCCCCAUUAUUUACAUACUGAUUGUUACUUUCGGGAUCCCCGCCAACGUUGGCAUCCUGUGCCUGCUGGCCACCAAAAUACGAAAGGUGUCCUCGGCCAUCCUCUACUGCAGCCUGGCCGUCUCCGACCUCCUCCUCCUCCUCUCCCUGCUAUUCAAGACUCACUACCAUCUCCUUGGCAACAACUGGGUCCUCGGCGAGGCCGCCUGCAGGGUGGUCACGGCCUGUUUCUAUGGCAACCUCUACUGCUCGGCCCUGACGCUGGCCUGCAUCAGCAUCAAGCGCUACCUCGCCGUCGUGUACCCGUUCACGUACAAGAGCUUCCCCAAGAGGACGUGCACCACCUGGGUCAGCCUGGCCGUGUGGGCGUUGUUUGUGGCCGCCAUCAUCCCCGAGCUCGUCACCCAGCAGACCUACUUGCUCCCCCAGCUCAACCGAACCACCUGCCACGACGUCCUGGCCCUGAAGAGGGACACCUACCAAUACCUGCUCUCCUACAACGUGGUCCUCGGCGUCCUCGGGCUCCUGAUGCCGCUGGUGGUCGCGACCGUGUGCUUCUCCCGGAUCAUCUGCGAGCUCAGCCGAUCCCACCGCGACUGGACCAUGUACAUCCGGACCAGCUCCCUGGUGUUCGGCAUCUUCCUGGUGUGCUUCAUCCCCGCCGGGGUCCUGCACUUGGUCCACUACGCGCAGCUGUUUGCGGACGGAACGCAAAGCGUGUACAUAUACUUUAACGUGGCCGUGUGCUUGUGCUGCCUCCACGCCUGUCUGGACCCCUUCCUCUUCGUCUUCAUGUCCAGGUCUUCAGGCAACAGGCUUCACCUCACCACAUCCAAGGGCAAGAGCCUGAGCGUUUCCAUCUGAAAAGGACCCAGCUGUUACCCAAACCCUGGUUCUCGGUCUGAUUUUUGUAGCUGACGAGGAAGGAAAGUUGUUUUUUUUUUUAAAUUUGGAGCUGGAAUCCAAACCUUUGCUGCAUUGGCUUUGUGUAUAGUUACAGUUUCUAAUAUAGCAUUUAUUUUGUAUAUUUGUAAAUCAUAUGCUUUAGUCUUUUCAGAAACAAUUAUACAGCAAGUAAUAAUAAUAAUAAUAUAAAUAUGAGCCAGUAUACUUGAUAAUAAAUAAUGUGAAGUGUUUGUGUAUAUAGA